AAAGAACCGGAAACGCUGGAACGACACAGCAAUCAUGGCGUCUGCGGCGGCGACCCGAUCCGCGGCUGGUGCCGUUAAAGUUGUGAAACCCCUUUUUAGCCGGGACCUGGACGAAGCUAAGCGCAGGGUCCGGGAGCUGUACCGAGCCUGGUACCGAGAGGUCCCCAACACGGUGGCGAUGUUCCAGUUGGACAUCAGAACGUGCCAGGGAAGAGACAAAGUGAGGGAGAUGUUUGACAAAAACAAGCACAUCACGGACCCCCGUGUGAUAGACAUGUUAGUCAUUAAGGGGAAAAUGGAGCUCCAGGAAACAAUCCAGUUCUGGAAGCAGAAGACCCACAUAAUGCGCUAUUUUAACGAGACCGAGGAGCCCCGUGCCACCGACUUCCUGUCCAAAUUCUACGGGGGUCACAGCCCAUGAACUGUGUGGCCGACUGCUGAUCUCUGACCCCUCUUUGCUUGUCCUGUGUGACAGUUGUUCCCCUUUACUGUAAAUACACACUUAACUCUCACAUACCGACAGUUGUGUCUUUUAUUCAGACGUUUUAUUGGGAUUAUCCUAAAGUGACAGCUCAACCAAAAACACACAACCAGUUGAUGAAUAGAAAAUAGCUCAUAUUGAAGCUAUUCACAAUGUCUUUUGGUUAUUGGGAGUAGCAGUUUAAUUAUAUAUUUAAGAGAUGUUGAUGUUUAAAUCUCAAAACUAAAACUAUUUGGACGGAAAGACUGCAGACUUAAGAAUAGCAAAAGUAAGAUUAAUUGACUUUUGGAUGAACUGUUCGUUUUAGGAUGAAAUAAAUAUGGUAUUUUAUGAA